AUGUUAAAAAAUUGUAUUUUAACCGCUCAAUAUAAUAAUUUUUUGCCUAAAAUUUGUGGAGAAAUAAUAUGUCAAAGUGAAACAACUUUUAGCAUAAUAUGUAAUUUUUGUCAAAUAAAAAUAUUUGAAUUUAAUGAAUUCGUGGAACAUUUUCGUACUAUACACUGGCCAGAAAUUAAUGGAACACAUAAUAAAUACAAUACUCAUUUACACAAUGUACAUCCAGAGGUAAAUGAACAGGCAAAAGAUUUUCAUAUUGAGGACGAGUCGAUGCAAGGUAGUGAAGAUGACUGGAGGCCGGAGUUGGAAAUGCAGCAAAAUAUAAGUAAUAGUGGAUUUUCUAAUCAAGAGGAAGACAAUUGCAGUGAUAGAGAAGAAUCCAUAGGAAUAUUAAAGAUGGAAUAUUUGCAGAAUGAAAAACCCAUUGUCAGAAAGUUUUUAAGAAAAGGAAUAACUUAGUUUCACAUAAAGAAACUCAUGUGAAAACAAAAAAUUUCAAAUGUACUUAUGAAAAUUGUGAGAAAGCAUACUCUGGCCAAAGG